AUGGCUUCAGUGAGAGUAGCGGUCCGAGUUCGCCCGCUGAACAAAAGAGAAAAGCAGUUAUCCUCGAGGGUGAUAAUUCGUGUGAACGGCAGCACUACAUCUAUUCAUAAGCCUUCACCUGUUCGAGGGGAGGAGCUGAAGAACAGAGGGAAAACCUUUUCUUUUGACUUCUCAUAUGAUUCAACUGACAGAGGAAGCCCUGUAUUUGCAUCCCAGGAGAGGAUUUUUCAUGACUUGGGGUCUGAUGUACUGAAAGCUGCAUUUGAUGGUUUCAAUGCCUGUAUGUUUGCCUAUGGCCAGACAGGCUCAGGAAAGUCUUACACCAUGAUGGGUCACACAGAAGAUAAAGGUUUAAUCCCACGCAUCUGUGAAGGCUUGUUCUGCGAGAUAUCUCAAAGAAGUAAGAGUGAUGCUGUGUCAUUCCGUACAGAGGUCAGCUAUUUAGAGAUCUAUAAUGAACGUGUGCAGGACCUUCUGAACAAGAGAACUACAGCUACAGAUGGUGGAUGCUUGAGAGUGAGAGAGCACCCCAGAGACGGGCCCUAUGUUGAGAAUCUGUCCAAGCACUUGAUAUAUAACCACAGAGACAUGGAGGACCUGAUUAUUCUCGGCAAUGCCAACCGCACCACAGCCAGCACGGGCAUGAAUGACUUAAGCAGCCGCUCCCACGCCAUCUUAACCAUCAGCUUCACACAGGCGUGGUUUGAUGCAGAGUUGCCACGUGAGACGCUGAGUAAGAUCCACCUGGUAGACCUGGCAGGCAGUGAGAGGGCUGAUGCCACACGCACCACAGGCACCAGGCUGAAGGAAGGUGCCAACAUCAACAAAUCCCUGGUCACCCUGGGCAGUGUGAUCUCAGCUUUGGCUGACCUUGGUGUAGGAGGACAGUCAACAAAUAAGAAGAAGCAGAUCUUCAUUCCUUACAGAGACUCUGUGCUGACAUGGCUACUAAAAGACAGCCUGGGUGGAAACUCUAUGACUACAAUGAUAGCGACUGUUUCUCCUGCUGAUGUGAAUUACGGGGAGACCCUGAGCACUUUGCGCUAUGCCAGCCGAGCUAAGAACAUAGUGAACUCUCCCACCGUGAAUGAAGAUGGCAAUGUGAAGGUUGUCAGAGAGCUGCAGGCAGAGGUUACCAGGCUCCGAAGGCUACUAGAAGAAACCAGUCAGGUCUCCCGUGGGGAGCUGCCUUCCUCUGUGAAAGUAGAGGAGGAGUUGCAUCACAAUGAGGAAAAGGUUCUCGCACUGACCAAGAAGUGGACCAGCAAAUGGGGUGAGACUCAGAGUAUUCUGCAGGAGGAGACUGUGGCUCUGAGGAAGGAGGGGAGUGGCGUGGUCCUGGACUGCCAGUUACCCCAUCUGAUUGGCAUUGAGAAAGAUCUACUCAGCACUGGCAUCGUCCUCUAUUAUUUGAAAGAGGGGAGAACCCUGAUUGGGAGUGAGAAAGUAUCAUACAGCCAGGAUAUUGUGCAUCAUGGGCCUGGUCUCCUCGGCGAACAUUGUGUGCUCGAGAACCAUGCUGGGACCGUGACUCUGAUCCCUCAGGAUGGUGCACUGUGUUCAGUCAAUGGCUCUGUGGUCACCGGUCCUUGCCAGCUGAAUCAGGGUGCCACCAUACAGCUUGGAAGAGGAGCCAUACUGAGGUUUAACCACCCAACUGAAGCUGCCCAGCUCAGAGUGAAACGCCAGAGCAGGCUGUCGUCUGCCUUCAGCUUGUCCUUGACUGACAUGUCCAAAUCUGCAGAGAAUCUGUCCGAGGUGAUGCUGCAGAAUCCAGGGUGA